UUUUUUUUUUGUACAUAAAUCUAACAUAAAAAAAAAAAUCUCAUAUUUCAAUUCCCGCCUUACAAUUUUUUUUUUUAUUUAUAACUUCUUUUCUUACAUUCUUUCUUUCGUCUCUUUCACUUGUGUGAUCGACUGCAUUGAUCCAUUCUAUCUACAACAGCAAUGCCAGCCACAAUUGAUCCACAACUCAGUCAUCUUUCUAUCUCUACCGUCCCUGAGAACGCUCUUCAUCCUCAAAUGACAAUCGAUCUUACCAACACGAACAAUGUGACAAGUAGUAGCAAGAAGAAGAGUUAUCCUAGUAUUUUGGAUCAUACUGCUUUCGACCCAGAUAUUGUACGUCGUAUUCCUACCAUUGGGUUUUCUGCCAUUAUGCAACGAGCACGUCAACGAUUGUUACUUUUAUUGAAGCAUCGUGACUAUCGAUCUAGUCUGACCCUCUUGGCUGCUUUGGUCGAAACUUGCAAGUAUUCACCUUUAAUGUAUUGGAAUGUUGGUGAAGAUAUCAUUCGACAUUGUCAACCUGAAGAGUUGACCACCUUUUUAAAACGGACCAUGGUUGGGAUCAGGUAUCCCAAGAAUAUUGAAAGUUUAAAGGAAUAUAUCAUUCACUUAUUAGAUGACGAAGGAUUUAUACCAGUUCAAGAACAGUUAGGAAGUGAUACCCAAUUGUAUGGGAAUGACCCGAUGGCAAUCAAGUUAUUUGCAAUGAUCUUAUAUGAUGAAUGGAAACAACAAAAAACAGAUCAACUUCUUAUAGAGGCAAAGAAUCAAUUGACAGCAGCUUACAAUUUGAAUCCAAUGGAUAGAUAUAUCAUCAAGGCCUAUUUGGAAGUACUCACCGAGAUUCAAACAUGUGAUAACAAGGAAGACAAACAAAUCUGCGAAUUGAAAAUCCAACAAAUCGUGACUGAUACUGCUGAAAAAGUAGUUGGAGACCCUGAAUUACUUUGUACGUUACUUCAUUAUGCACCUGCAGUUAAUCUUGGUAUUCGCCUAUGUGAAGAAGACCCCGUAGCUGAUCCAACUAUCUCAUUUCUUCCAACAAUAGGCUACUUGACAUCUGGAAAUGUCAAAGAUCCAAAGUAUAGUAUCCAAACGAUGUGUCGAACAAAACUGAUUACGGAUCGAUUGGAAUACGGUGCUAUUGAUUCUCCUACUCUUGACGAAUUGGAGAAAUUACUGUCAGAUAUAGAUAGUAUGUCAGAUAAGAUUCGUACCGAUGUGAUCACCUAUAUUAACUCUAUCGAAUUGUCUGUCACCUUGGAAGAUUUGAAAUACGAAGUACCCCAAGGGGCAACAAAAACAAGAUUAGCUUUACUGAAGAUGAAAAUCAAGAAUCUGAUUACGAUGGAGGAACGAAACCGGUACAAUUCAAGUAAACGAAAAAUAGCUUCCUUUUACUCAAAUUAAUCUAGUUUGUCCUUUGUAUAUUUAUAUCAUACCCCUCCUUUCUAUAUUCCCUUAUUACAAUAAAAUGUUUGAUAUUACUCAUAUUUCACCCCUUAUUUUGACUUUGAAUCUCAUUCGUAAAAGUUUCGCUUGGUCAAGAUCAUUCAUCCGUUAUUU